UGGUAUAGUGUCAUGAAGAUGGUCUUAUAUCGUAUGGUACAUUGUUUUCAUUUGCAACUAGUGUAGCUGUGCUAAAGCUAACCAACAUGUCAUGUGAAAUGUUGUCAAAGUGUCAAUAGCAUAGCAGCCUACGUUUUAUGUGCUCUAUUAUGUUACAUAUUGAUAUUAAGAUCUAAUGAUUCAAUUAUGUCACUUAAUAACCGAGCACUCAGGAUACAAUCUGUUUUAACAGUAGUACCACCCGCCCUCUCUGCAAGGAUGUCAACACAAAAGUUGAGUGAUGGGUAUGGCAAGGCUGCAAUACGAAGCGUAAAAAUGAACAUGUUGAGAGUUUUCUGAGGGAUGGACACAUAUUAUGUAACAUCAAUCUGCCAUUCAAAAAUAUCCCCUAAUUAUUACACGCGUAUCUUAAUUGGAUUCUAUGCGAAACAAAAACAUGACGACAUCGAUGAUACACGCAUCACUACACACAUCUGCUGCACAGACACAAAGUUCUAUACAAUAUCUAUUGCCUAUUAACAUCGAAAACUAUUGCAGCAUGCGGUGUCCCUAUUGGCUGCACUCGUCAGUUGUUUCAUAGGCCUGUCCAGUGACAUAUCAGGCAGCACUAGACUGAGACUGAGGCGGUGCACAUGCCUCUGGCAUCAACACCCCGUUAUACAUUAGGACAGGGCAUUCCUCAAUGGCUGAAGGAGUUCCUAUACACUAGCACCACGCUUUCUAGCACGACAGACAGUUCCACGUGGGCUUGAUGAGAUUCACUCUCCUACACACACGUGUGUGUGCGCGUGUGUGUGUGUGUGUGUGGGUGGGGGGGGGGGCAUACACACACACCAACACCAACAGUGGUACACCUGUUGGUGUGGCUGCUGACGGCUGGCUGUGUUUAUGAUACAAUUCCAACCAGCGACAGCUGAGUGACGCCACUGUGGGUCUCGCUGAAGACCCCCCAAAUCGCAUUUAGCAUUUCUGUAUGAUUCAAGGCCCAUACAUGCCAUUAGCGGCGUCUAAUGGAAGAAAAGCCAUUUGUUGGAAUAGCCAUGGUAUCCAGACUGCCCAAGUUUGGUGGCCGCUCCUCCGCAGGUGGUGCAAGCUCCCUCCCCAAUGGCUCCCCACAAUCCACCCUCCCCAGCCAGGACACCAAAACCACAACUACAGCGACACACAUGAAUGGACUGGUCCGCAAACCUUCUUUUUCUCUGAAGUGGAGAAGAGAGGCUUGCAGCAGUCCCAGCCCGGCUCUGCCCCCCACCUCCCCCACUAGUCCUGAGGACGUGAAACCACAGGAAGUCAAGCCUCAGACUCCGCUCCUAUUGCGCAAAGAGGGGAAAAAUGCUACCCCUGGAACACCCACAAUCCGGAGAUCUGGCUCUUCAUUGCUGUCUGUCUCGAGCCCAAAGGCCAUCCCAAAGCAGACCUCUAAGACGCCAAGUACUAAGCUGGCGCAGAGCCCCCUCGGAGCUCCCAAAGCCAACCACAAUGGAUGCAACUCCCCCCUCCGCCCACGGCCCAUGUCUGGUCUUGCGCUUCCAAAGGGGACCUCCAGCCUCCAUUUCAGCGGCUCCCAGGACAGCCUCUCCCUGUCCAGUGACAGUAUUAAGAACAUGUCCAUGGACAACAUGGUCCGCUCGCACAGCUUCACCCACUUCAAACAGAUCCCCUCACCCACCAACCAGCCCAUGACCCGAUCCUUCUCCUUCAACCGCGCUGUGGAGCUGGCCAAGCCCCUGGCCAACACUACUCUCCGACCCCCCCAGGCCAGCUUCCUUAAACCCCCACAGCUGUGCAAUACUAGGGUGGGCCUCGGAGGGAGCAUUGGAGGUCUAGGAGGUGGAGGACUUCAGUACAGCAGAGCGUCUGCGACGGCCACCUCCGUCUCCUCCCUCUCCAAUAACACCGCCUCUACGCCCACCACACCCACUGCCCUGAAGAAGCCUCUCCUUCCCAGCUGCAUGACAGCCAAACCACUGGGGGGUAGCAAUGGGGGUUAUGUUGGCUGCAAGCUGGCCCGGCCUCGGCAGACCAAGCUGCAGAAGCCUCUUUUCAUGGGUCGUGUGAAGGGCGACGCCAGGCCGGUGACUGCUCCUGGAUGCCCUGGUGGGAAAUCAGGCAAAGAGGGAGAAGAUCAGGACACAGGCGAGAUCAUUAAAGCAGACUUGCACAUUGAUGGUGAUUACUCUGUUGGCAAAGGGGGAGGAGGAGGAGGAAGUCAACUAAGUAAUGGUACUGUAGCAGGGGAGGCCCUGGAGGACAUGUCCCUGUCUUCUGCCUCCUCUGUGGAACGAGGGGACACCAGUGAAGAGUUUCUGGAGGAUGUUGACAGUGGGGCGGAUACGUUCAGUGAUGGGGAUACGGCUGAUACCAAGACUGGCAGUAGCACCCAGCUGCGCCUUCGGAGCUUCCUCAAUGAGACCAUGGAGUGGAGCAACCUCGACGCAGCAGGUGGUAAAGAGGACGUAGCCCUGCAGGACUCAAAGUGCAGCCCGUUGGUGUCCCCAGAGCGAGGUGACCUCCUUCAGGGAUCCUCGCUGGAGCUGUCGCCCUCCAACAGCUCUGGAGGUACCUACAUGUGGGACGAGGAGGGUCUGGAGCCCCUUGGCGGCGCAGGGAUCCACCCCUGUGACCGCUACGACGACUCUGAACUCAACAGCUUGGCUAUUUUGAACCACCUGGAGCCCCUGUCCAUCGAAGACCUGGACGAUGAUGACCUGAUGCUGGAGCUAGACCUACCAGAAGAUGUUCUGCUGCACCAAGACUCUGACAGGAUGUCCACCGGUGGGGGUUCAGAGAGGGCUGGGCGCCAGGGCCGCUGGCGGCGGAAGCAGCAUCGCUGGAACGGACCUGACCACUUCCACAAUGACAACAGAGGGCCGGUGUUCCAGCACUACGAUGGCCCCAGGGCACAAGGCUCCAUUAGGGGGCCACCGCAGCCCCAGCAGCCUGCUAGCCGGGAAGACGACCGCACGUUGGGGGCCAACCUCCCCGACGAGCUCACUCUCAAACACAUGGCCCAGGACUACAGCUCGCUCAAAAACCAGCUGCUCAAACUCCAGACCAUACUGCAGGUGGGACCUGCAUGCUCAGUGUGUGAGGAUGCGGACACUCUUCAAGCUGCAGUCGAGGAGGGCGAGGUGAACACUCCAGCCUCACAGUUGGAGGAUCUGAUGCAGGAGGUGCAAGUUCUUCGAGAGGAGCUCAGCGGUCGUGACAAAACCAUAGCCCAGCUCACCCUGCGCUGUCAUCAGCUACAGCAACAGCAACAUCUACAGCAGCAACAGCAUCAUGUGCAGCAGCAACACAUGCAGCAAUUAGCGCCUGCGCAGGGGUUGCCGGGCAGGUGCCAUUGCCAACACCAGAGGACUCCGUCCAAUCUGAGACAGAUGGACAGACGACUCAAAGACAAGGCUACACAAACACACCUGAGAACACACAGCCAGGCUUCUCCAGUACCUCAGCCUUCCAGCCCCUGCCUCAGCCAGCCCCUCCCCCUGGAAAGACCAGCAAAACCUCCAACCGCGGCCCCCAGUGAGUCCCGGGAGCAGGAGGAGGAAGCGGGGAGCAUCAGAGGGAGGGAAACCGCCUCCGACUCCCCCCUGGCGGGCCAUCGAGCGACCCCCGACGAAGAUGAGCUGAGCCUCCUCUUCAGCACGCGCCUCCAUCUCCUCGACGACUCAUACUCCGGCACUCCGCGGGGGGGCGGCGGCGGCGGAGGAGGAGGAGGAAGCCCCCCCCGUUCGGCAGCUCCAUCUGGCCCGGAGCAGAGGCCCCCCACCGAGACUCUGGCAGGCUCCGACACCCGGGGGCCCGUUUCAUCUCCCUUCUCCUCCCUCUGUUUCCCCUCCUCCCCCUCCUCCGCCUGCCCCCGCAUGCUGCAGCCCCCCCGGCUCCACAGGCGCGUGUCGGUGCCGGCGCUGCCGCCGGGGCCCGCCGGCGGGUCGGCCACGCCUAAGCCGGCCGGUUCCCUGCGGCCUCCGGGGGGCCUCCGGGGGGCCAGGCAGCUCCCGCCCCCGACCAGGGGCCUGCCCUGUUUCGACGCCAGGCUCCCAUCUGAAGUACAGAGCGCGGAGCCGGCCUCCCUGCCGAAGCCCCCGGCGACAGUGUGGCUUCUGAGGGGCCCGCGGUGCGACCAGGGCGCUCUGCAGCCCGAGCUGGCCCCGGGGCAGCUCAGGUACCCUGGGGCCGCAAAGUUGCUUCCUAAUUCCAGCCUCAAAUGCCUCCCCAGGCCGAAGGUGCACUAUGGUGCUCACCAGACUUAACACACUCGAACGCCGUUUGCCCUCUUCUCAUCCCAAUUCAUUCAGCCCCAUCCAAACGUCCUCAGGAGUGGCUCUGUGCACGACGCGGGUGAGGCACUCUGUGACAACUCGUGCAUAUAUAUAUUUAUAUAUAUUUGUGUUAUUGUGUGUUUCCUGGCAGUGUGGUAGUGGACUGCUCUUGUAUUAUGAGCUCCCUGAAUGUGUGUGUGUCGAGGUGUCACUUAAAACAAUCCUCAUGUUACUUGGCUCCAUCUGUAUUAAACCAACCGGCUCAUUUAACAAGGGAUCGAAGUGGUGGAAAAUGUCUGCUGUGAUUAUCUUUAAACCGACACACGGCAGGGAGGAUUCAAACCCCCCAGCAUGACCGCCAAAGGGGUCAUAUUUAUUGCUUUUUUGCUUUAUUGCUUUCCACAAGUUUGUGUGUUGGGGUGUGGGUAUGCAUGUGUAUGUGUGUGGGUGGGUGUGUGGAUGUGUUCACCUUGGGGUCCAACCACGGUUCAAACCAUAGGUUAAGGUUAAGCUCUCACAGGAUCAAGCGCCGUUGACCCGGAGCCCUCACAGCACACGGUACAGACAGGGCCGCUCAGAACAGCCUUCAUAGUGCACAGCGGUGCGCUAUGCCCACGGGGGAAGGUGGAAACAAAAGCAGAACAUUAAGAGCCAUGGGAAAAUGAGGAGGGGGGCGGGGGGGGGACUCUGAAGUGCUGAGUCAUAAAAGCUCCCAGGACCUUUUUCAUACAAAUAGAACGUCUGCGUGUGUGUGUCUGUGUGUCUGUGUGUUGGCGGACGACAACAAAAACAUCCCCCCUGUGUUGGUGAGUGUGAGAGAGCUCCAGGGACAGGGAGGUGAGCGAGAGAGGCCGAGGAGCAGAUGUGGACGGUUCACCCUUGCUUUAACCCCCACUCCCACGCCUCGGUUCGGCGGCGGGCUUCAGUCGCCUUCGGUCUCCGGGGCCGCGGUGAACCUGUGCGGCCGCUCGGCGGGCCGGCUCUGCAUGGGGACACACCGGCGCUCUGAGUGGUGGAAUGCGUCUCAAGCGGGCGGGUCAUCGCGUUGGAAUCGGCCGGGUCACGGUUAUUUAUAUCAAUGCGAAGAGUAUUGGGUCUGGUGCAGCCAGUACUUGUGUUUUCCCAUAUGGUGGUCAUGUACUAUUUAGAUGAGGGGGAGCUUCUGUGUAGAUGCAUUGCCAGACAAUAUUUAAACAAGCAAAUAGCACAUUCUUCAACACCAAUUCUUUCACCAACAUACAUUCAUGGUGUUGGCGUGGCGCCAAGCACCGAGACACGGUGUGUGUAUAUGUGUGCUAGUGUGUAUGUGUGCAUGUGUGGUGUGCUGUGCUGUGCUGUGGUUAGGGCUUAGCUGCCGCAUGAGAAAGUGGGAGAGCGAUCAAUCAGUGCACCAUUGAUCUGUCCAUCCCCUGUAGCCCAACUAGAUGGCCACAUCUAUCACAUCACUGGUAGAGGAGCCAAGAGUGUGUGUGCAAGUGUGUGCGUACGUGUUUGUGUGUGAGCGUGUGUCUGUGGCAGACGAGACUAAUAAAGUUGGUUUCCCCAUCCAGGGUCCACGUUGUCGGGGCCAGUAGCAAACAGCCAGCUUAGCUGGAGCGCAGGAAAACACCUGCAACCAUUUCAGCACGGUUUCAUUUAUCACUGAGGAGGUUUGAUGGUAAAUAUUGAUAAAUAUACGGAUCAGGGGCCAAUUACUGUACUGUCAACAAAGUACAAAAUGUGAUUGCUACUUUUUUUGGUUGGAGUACAGCUAAUGAUAUCUGUAUCUGCCCUCCCGCUGAGUAAUUUAGGCUUCAUUGUGUGCAAAUGGUUCACAUCCUUAAUUAAAUAACUGCAGACAUGAUGGGAAGGGAGCGAUAUGUAUAGUCAAUUAGUUUAGCAUUUUCCCUCGCAGUCUCCAAACUCUUAUGUGUUCAUCAAUAUUUACUAUCUAAUUUCAUGCUAAUUAGGGCCUUGUUUACUGGCUACAAAAUCACAAUAAACGGUUUGCCCACAAUGCUUUCCGAACGGACGGGGAAAGGAAAAGCGUGCGCGGAAGUGGCGGCGGCCGUGUGGACGAUGAGAGAUAAUGGGCGAGGGCAGGGAGGAGAAUCACGGAGGGAAGAGAAGGGCGGCGGCAAAGAAAGGUGCUUGUUUUGUCGUUUUUGCAUCAUAUUUUGUUAAGAAAACAAACUGAAAAAAGCGAUGUGAGAGCCAGAGGCAGGCCGAGCGAAUACAUAUUGGUUUGUUUUGUGUGCGGCGCGGUCCAGCGAAUCCCCCCAACCUCUCAGCUGUGUCAUUCACUGCUUACUGAUGCCAAACAGGAAAUCAAUGUAGCCUGUUGUGUGUGCGUGUGUUGUCUCCAGACACAACUGGGCAGCAAGGCCUUUCUUCUAGGGGGCGUGUGUGCGUGUGUGUGAGUGUGUGUGUGUCUUUGCAUGAGGGGAAGUGUGUUAUCCACAGGCCAAAAGUGAAGCGAAGCAAAGCAAUGCCAGGUGAGGAAGGCAGUAGCGCUCUCAUUCCCCCUCUGCUGCUGUUUUUCUAUCUCUGAAUCAAUGUGUGCCUGCGUUUAUACCGUCAAGCCAAUCAGUCUCUCUGCAGCCGUACCCAAAACAAGAAGCCGUCACCUGGAGACGGUACAAUCAAUCACAGUGCAGGAGUCUCCACACAUCUCCUCGUCAGAGACCUAAUAGCAGACUAACAGAAGACAAUAAUGUGUAAUUGCAAAAUGAGAAAUGAAACCGGAAAAGGCUUAAUUGUCUUUUGCUAGGAUGUCGUUUUCAUAUUUUCUUUAAAGAACAGCAUUUUCUUAAAUUAUAGUGUGUUUCUUUUCUUUGAUGCAACCCGGAGGUUUGAAUAAAGGUAGCUUUAACAAAAAAAAAAAAUGAAAUGAAUAGGUAUACAUCCAAAUCCUUUUCCUGCCAUAACUGAAUAACUGCCUUGACUAUAUGCAAUUGGUUUAUACUGUAGCUCAACUGACUGACUACAAUGUUGAGUGUUGAUGUUAAUGAUCUGGUGUCCAUUGUUACGAUGCAGAACCUUAACGUACAGUCUGCUGUCAUCUCCCCUCAGUUACUUGUGCAAUAUUGUUGAUAAACAACAGUAAAGGAGGUCAAGAUGGACAACAUAAGAUGCUAUAUGUAUUAAUCACCUAUUAUGCAAUAGAAAAAAGAAAUGAGUAAUAUUUGAUAUUGAAUGUGGAGGUAACGCACUUUAAACUACAUGGAUUGCUAAUGCUAAAAGAACACUUAACUGAGUGAAAUGCUACUUAGUAUGUUUCGUUUUUUUCUUUAUUUUCUUUAUAUUAUUUAUCCACCGCCGGCCCGUUGUGGACCUUUAUUUAUUUAAGAAAAUAAAUAAACCAACUAAACACGGAAAAAAAGUCUUGUUUUGGCCCGUCAGCGAUUUGCUUUGUUAACAACAGCAGAACUUAAACAGAGACACUAAAGGGUGGAGGCUUUUGUCCACAUCAGAGCCCCAGACACGAGCAGAGUGCAACGGUGCACUGCUAUGCAUCACAGCGCCCCACAGGGCAGCAUGAGCUCAGCCGGGAGGGCCGGCCGCACCACAGCACAUCCCACACCACCACAGACAACAGGUGUUACCAAUCAGGAAAUCAGCAGACAAUUAAACAAUGUCUCCGCUAAGCUGGAGUGGGGAGCAUCAAUGUGUUGUUGUAGUACUGCUUGCUUGAUGGGGAAAAUGGCAGAUUAUAUCAUAUUAGUUCAUCUUUUGGGGAUUUUACAACUUAGUUGUUUUUGAUAUGAAGUCUGCUGUUGGUUUCUCUGUAGAUCCUUCCUAUAAAUUCAAUUAAAAAUAGUGUAUAGCCUAUAACUUUUUAAAUUAUAAUAUUUUGUUAAUACAUGUAUGCUCCUCAAAAUAAGCCUUUGGAACAUUACCAUAUUAAUGCCACACAUUUUGUGCUUGGAUUUAGGAAUUCACGAGUAUAUAUCGGAAGAACAAGAUGAAGACAGUCAGCGUUAGAUGUUCAAUAGCCUAUACCAGAAAUAACAUGGAGUGAAGGGUUAUUUCACAUCAUUAAGAGGCAGAGGAUGAAAUGCAUGCGGCCAUUAAGUGAUUUGACUAUUAGCGUUUAGCAAGAUAAAAUAAAAAUAAAAACUUGAUUUAUGUAAAGGCACCGACAAUGACCUUAUAUAAUAAUAUAAGUACAUGUAAAGCUGCACCUAAGCAAAGUGGGUCGUUUAUUAUUUUUGCUUUCAGUACAAAUCUUGUUGUCGUUGUCCGGGGGAAAAAUCAUUAUGCCGUAGACGUUGCCCUUCAAUCAGUGUAAUUUUCUCUGAAAACUGAAAUAAGUGAGUAUGUAUGGAUUGAAAAUGCAGCAAAUUGUUUUCUUAAAAAAGGACAUAAGCCAGUCACUGCAAAAUAAAGAGUUUCUUUCGCUUUCCUGCAGGGCCUCAUAGUAA